AUGGGCUUGCACUUUCCAACUUGCUUUGUCCCGACAUUUCGAUGGUGCGCAAGCACGGGCGCAAGAAGCAACAGCCCCGCGAAGCGGGCGAUUCCGGAUGGCCGCUCCGAGAAGGGCCGUUCCGAGAAGGGCCAGCUGACCCCGAACGGCAACGAGAAAACCAAAUCCGACAUUGCGAUGUCAACGAGCCCGACGUCGACCAGCACCCCAACGGCCUCCACGACCUCGUCACCGCCCACUGCCUCGUCGCCGGUCUUCAGCGUCAUGGACGGUGCCAUUACGCGCCAAGGGCUCGAGGCGGCGGCCAGAGUCUACCUCUCGCAAGACGAAGACGCGCCGGAGCUUCUCAUUGCGCGCAACGUGCCUCUCGUGCACUGGCUCACGCACGGCUUGGACAACCGUCUCUUCAAUGUCAUUUGGAGCUGCCGGUUUCACGGCGACGCGGCUGAUCCGGCGACGCUGGCGUCCGUCUACAUUGUCCGCGCGACUGGAAAGCCGAACCAAGCUGGAGUCCAAAACCUCAACAACUUGCUCACUCCCCAGCAAGGAAACCAUUUGAUCGUCUAUACGGGCUUUGAUCUGAAGCUGCUGGGACAGACGCGGCUGCCCGAUUUGGCCGUCUUCCAGAAGUUUCGCGACAGCCAGAACAUCAGACUGUGCAUGGUCGUGGAGGUUGAGCUCAAGAACCGCAGCUUUCCGCGCAUGCUCCGGUGGCUUCGCGGGUACUUUCGACUGAUUCCAUCUCUUCGCACCGCGGUCGGGAUCAAGAUCUUCGGCCCGCAGCGUGGCAACGCGCGUCAGUUUGGCACCAUCGCUGUCAUGCUCCACCGUGCGGUUGGGCAUACGGCGCAGCUUGCGUACGUAGCCAGCAUUGGCACGGCGCCACUGACGGACCAAGCGAUGGCCACCGUCGUUGGCGUGAUUGGACAAGACGCCGCGAAUGCGAUGCCGCACUUUGACGUCAACAUUGCGCACGAGAUCGCGCUGGGGCACGAAGAGUGGCAGCUCGAUGCGAUAGGCCGCCCGGUGCUGCACAUUACGAUCGCGGAUUUGCUCUACUUGGACAAUGCCAACCUCCUCGCUGGCGCGCCGCCAACGACCGAGCGCCUCGAGAUCGAUCUCUACAAGCUCAUCUUCAAAGUGCACGAGGCCAUGGGACAAGUCGUGAUUACUGAUGACGUUCAGCUGGCGGGGGAAUCCGCGAAUGAAGACCAAGGCGCAGAGGACAAACGCAUGGUGUCGAUGAAGACCCGAGUGCAGUUUUAACGACUCUGAUCGAAUCAAGGUUGUGUUUGCA